AUGAACCUCCGAAAUUUUGCGAAGUCGCAACCAGAGCCGACUCAAGUCGACACGACAACCUCAACACCAAAAAGCCAGUCGAGCGAUUCGCAAACCCCACCUCGCUCGCGCGCUGGUCGCAGGAAAACCACGGAUAUAUCCGAAACCAAAGGCAGGAGAUCGCGCACAGGAUGCUUUACGUGUCGCCAAAGGCAUUUGAAAUGUGAUGAAGCUGUGGGGAGGUGUUUAAAUUGUCGCAAGUCCGACCGUGUCUGUCGGCGUGGUGUUCGCCUCAAUUUUAUCGAUACUCAGACAGUGGCUCCUCCCCACCUUAUCGCUCGACCGGACGGCUCGAAGGUGACAUUCAAGGAUGAUUCACGUUUGAUUGCAUCGUUGUAUGUGGGUGGGUUCGAGAUAUAUCCUCCGGUUCAGCCUGAAAGCCCCGUGGAGGCAAAUGGGCACCUCAACCAUGACCUGGAUGCCAUCGGACCCGAUGACCUAACGAGUAUCUUUCAAUCCGCGGCACACUCGUUUGAUCCGCAGGGUUUUGAUGUUCCCAACCCUGCCGCAGGGUUUGUGGAAACUGAUACUUGGCACCAGUCUCAUCUGGUGCCCGGGGAUGAGCUUCUUCCACACGGAACGUCUAAUUUUGCGCGGAAGCUCGCCAACAAGCAAGAGUCCCAUCAAGCUCUUCUUGAUUAUGAAUCCGUGUCUUGCCUCCGGACUUUUGUGGAGGAAGUAGGACCCCGUAUGGAUGCGAUGGACGAAAUGAAUCAUUUCUCCCAGGCUCUUCCAAGCCUUGCUGUUGGGGAGCCUUUACUCCUUAAGGCAUUUGUAGCGAGUGGUGCAAACCACCGCUCGCUUCAUGACCCUUCUUGGCCGGUUGAGUUAGCAUUGGCUUUUUCUCAAGACGCUACCGAGGCCCUUCUGAGUGCAGUCCACGACCCCGGUCGAGACUCCGUUUUGUGCGCUACGGUUGCUCUAGUCCUCGGCUUCACUGCGUCUAUGUCACCUCACUCCAUGCGCUGGGAGAAUCACAUCGCAGGCUCCCGGGCUUUGAUUCGAGAAUGUGGGUGGACUGCCAAAACACCAGGUCUUGGUGGGGCAUGUUUCAGAAUCAGUAUGAGUGCGGAGCUUCUCGGCUGCCUGCGUUAUAACUGGGGAUUGUCUUGGAAUCCAGACACCUGGGGUGUUGAUAUAGACAUGGAGCACGCGCAAGCCAGUAUUGGGGGCAGCCAUGACCUGUGGCAUCAUCGAAUCCUAUACAUUUGUGCAAAAGUAUCGAUGCUGCGAGCAUCUUUGCGCCAAUGUCGAGCUUUACCCGACGAUGUGGCACGAUCAUCUCAACUCAGUACUUUAUUUCAGGAGUGGGCACUCUACAGCAGGUGGUGUGAUGAAUGGGAAAAAUCUAUACCCAGAUCUCUUGUGCCCCUUGGUUAUCUACAGCCAUGGCAGACAAAGUCAAAAUCAGUAUUUCCAGAAGUUUGUCGACGCUUGAUGAUGAGAUGCAGAAGCUGCAGCACACCCAUGUUUAUGAUGUUUGUGGUCUUGUCGCUCACGCCAAAGAUCGGUCAGUCAAAUUGUAUCGCUGAUAUAGCAAUCCACUGCCUCGUCAUCGCCGCAGAAUACCUAGAAACACCGGAGGCACAAAAUGAAGUUCUCGAUCUUCUCGAUGCCAUGACUAAAAUUACCAGUAGCAGCACUGAUUCUAUAAGGAAUGAGCUGAAGCAAGUCUGGAGCUGGGUCGAUGCCCAUCCACAUACCGUGGCUCCAUCACAGGUGCAUAAUAACUUCUACGGGCUCGAUCCUUCAUUGGCAAUGCCUGAAACACCUGAAUCACUUGCAAACCUGAAUAAUCCUCUUUUGGAUACCGGUAACUUCUCAAUGGAGAAUCAUCCCUAUCAAGGGUUCUAUGUGCCACCGCAUCACCACCAUGCGCUUAAUCAGUACCACCUUGGUGCGUAUCUGAUCUGA